CGCGUAUAAAAGGACGAGGGGUUUUUGCGUAGCGCUGUUUCUGCCCAUUCGCUCACAUCAACCACCCUUCACUUUCAACACCAACACCAACACCAACACGAUCGUCAAGAUGCACUUCUCCGCUUACACCCUCGCCGCCACUCUGGCCCUCGCCUCCACCGUCUCCGCCCACGCUACCGCCCAGCCGCCCGUUGGCAUCCCCUCAAAGUCGAUGGUUGUUGGCAUCCGCAUUCCCCACGGCUGCAACCACAACGCCACGACGUCCCUGACCGUCAAGAUCCCCGCCAACAUCACGGGCCCCAAAGCGCAAUACAUCCCGGGGUGGAACGUCACGACCACGCUCCGACCGCUGGAUCCGCCGGUCACCAGCGACGGCGUGACGGUCAACACGACGGUCGACACGAUCACGUGGUCCGGCGGCGAGCUGCUCGACUCGCAGUACCUCGAUUUCGGCGUCUCGGUGCGUCUGCCGCCCGGGAACGACGGCGACGUUGUGCCGUUUGAGGCCACGCAGUUCUGCAAGGAUAAUAACGAGACUAAUUACUGGAACGGCACGCUCGCCCCCAAGGUCGUGCUCAUGAAGAACGGGACGUUGUUGACCAGCAGUGAUUUUAACUCCACCGGGGGGAGCGCUAAUGGCGGGGCCGAUGCCGCGGCGGGGACGACGGGAACCGCGAAGGAUUCGAAGAGUGCCGCGUUGGUGUCCUUUGCGGGUUCCUUCGCGGGUGCCGCGGCGGCGGUGGGUGGUGCUAUGCUCUUCUUCAUGUAGUGCGGCUUACGACUCGUGAUUCCCCUUCCACCCACUGGCGUGUAUACAUAUAUAUCCCCGCCUCUCCCUUAGACUAUUAGCUUGUUGGAGACCCCUUUUUCGUUGGAAGCCGCUCUUUUUUGUUCUUUCGAGCGUUUACUUUACAGCUUCAUACUACUACCCAAUAAAUGUUGUUUGCAAGGCGAAGAAAAC